AUGUCACAUCAGCAGCAACAGCCACCGCCGCCGCCACAGCCGCAUCAACUCUGGCAUCCAUGGCAGCAGCAGCAGCAGCAGCAACAGACACCAAAACCCCCACAGCCAUCACCCCCCCCCCCCCGCGACGCGAUUCGUCGAAGAGGGCGAAAAAAGGGGGAACCUGAGAAUUCUCCUCCACCACCCCCGCCGCAACUACCGACACUGCAUCCACAAACUGCGGGACCAUCCAAUCAAUAUGGAGGCGUUGGCAGCCAAGGUAGUAGUUACAGCCCUAGUGGUAGUGGUAGUGACGAACCGUCAGAUAUUCCGGGGAAUAUUGCACCCGAGAAUUUUGAAGAAGUCGAGACGGCGUUUCACGGACGUUUAAAAACAUACAGAUUACGCGACGAAGCACCCUCUCGGCUUACUAUCCCGGAGUUUCUGACUCAAUUGUUUGAGGAUCUUGUAAAGCUUAUGCACCGCAUAUUGGAACACGUGACAGCCGUCAAGACCAACCUGUGGUUGGAUUGCGAAUUCACGAACGUUCACGACCAAACGUGUCAACGCGCCUUUAAGACCAAGAAUGUCGCCGUUCUCCGGUCCACCGACAUAGACGAACUGUGCAGUAAUUUGUUUCAAAAGUUGGUGGACGAAAAGGAGGUGUGCGAAAGGACGGGCUCGGGAUGGACCUUCACUUUACUAUUAUCAUUCAAAACCUCAGCCAACUUUCUUAUACUCUCACUAGACAUUUGA